UCUCGAGGUGUAGUGCACACGCGGAGCCCUGUGAGGAACCCAUACCCUGACCCUCGUAUGGCUUGCAUCAUCAAUAAAACGCUACUCUUCUUCUUUCCGUUAAUUUUUUAUUACUUCUGACACAUAAACUCUACUUUAACCAGUGAGCCAUUGGGAAUCGUGAAAAAGUGAUACAAAAACACCAAUUAACCAACAACUCAGAAGAAUUAAAUUAAAUUAAAGAAAUCAUCGAAAAUUGAUAAAAAGAAAUAUAGAACAUUAAGGUGAAUUCAAUUGAACGGUGCAAGUGAAUGAGAAAAAUAUAUUUAUUCUUUUUCUGUGGAAUUCCCACAUUUUUUAAUGUGAAUUUUUUAUUUGCUCAUUUCUAAUUUAUUUUUCCACCAACUCAACGAUACGAUGAUUUUCACUAGUCAAAUUGCAUCAAUUUUUACACUUACGCUAGGGUUCACCUUCUGCAUUUCUUGUGGAGAGGCUGUGAUUUGUUACGAGUGCAACAGCAGAUUUGAUCCCAGAUGUGGUGAUCCCUUUGAUCCUUAUGGCCUUGGAAUUGUCAAUUGCAGUCUCCAGCCCCGAUUGGAACAUAUGAGUUCUUUGGAACCAACUGUAUGCAGAAAAAUUUCUCAAAAGGAUGUGUUGGAAUCUCGAAACUUAAUUUUCAAUCAUUUAAUCAGUGUUGGGGCCCGUCUACUUCAUCAUCAAAUAACUAAUUGCAGAUUGUCAGGGAGGAUGAAAAGUUUUGUUAUUUCACUAGUAGAAAGAUAA